UGUGAGGCAACAUGAUGUUUUUAAAAAACACUUGCACGUGCUGUAAAUCUCACAACUUGUUUUUACGUGCCAAUAAAUCAAAAAGAAACGCAGGUUUGGAAAAUCUGUAAUAACUCGACGCCACUGUAAAACGUCCUACAAGAAAAUAAUAAAACAGAUAGUAAAAAUCUCGAAUGAAGCCGAACGCCGUAUGAACGGAAAAUGAACAGCCUCUGGAUGGGUAACCUCGAGCCCUACAUGGAUGAAGAGUUCGUCUCCAGAGCUUUUGCUCACAUGGGAGAAACAGUGAUUAGAGUCAGACUGAUCCGAGACAAAAUAACCGGGCUGAAUGCAGGCUAUGGCUUUGUGGAGCUGAUGGAUGAAACGUCAGUAGAGAGAUGUCUCCGCAAAGUGAAUGGAAAACCUUUGCCUUUUGCCACUCCUCCUAAGAGGUUCAAGUUGAGUCGUGCCACCUACGGGAAACUUGGUGACAGCUGCUCUACUUUCUCCCUCUUCGUCUCGGAUCUCACCCCGGAGGUGGAUGAUGGCAUGCUGUAUGAGUUCUUUCAUUAUCAUUUUUCAUCAUGCUGCAGUGGGAAGAUCAUUCUGGACAGCAACGGAUACUCCAAGUGCUGUGGCUUCGUGAGCUUUGAGAGCGAGAGAGAGCAGAGACGGGCUCUGGCUGAACUCCAGGGGGCUUCUGGACUCGGGAGGAAAACUUUACGCCUCAGUAUGGCUGCAAAUAAACUGAAGAAGAAAGAGUCGUCUGAGAACCAAAAUGGUCAGUUCCAUGCAGAAAGCUACAGCAGCCAUAACUUAUAUCUGAACCAGUAUUAUUACCCGCAGUAUGACGGCCAUUUGGCUACAUAUGACUGGAAUUAUGAUUAUAACUACAUAGAUCCUUCACAGGACAUGGCACAGGUUGAAGAGACCGAAGACGAUGGCCUAGAGUAUCCAGACUCUGAGAUAAAUGUGAUGGAGGCCAACGAGAGGUUUAUGGACCAGAGCGAGGAACUGUACAGCGCUCUGAUGGGUUGUUUCUUCCAGCCUCCUGAAUCGUGGGCCGGGGUCACCUGUAGCGUGACCUGUGACCUCCCGGAGCCAAUGUACCAGUAUGAGGAGAUGGACUGAGUACAUGUAUUCUCAUUUGUUCAUAUUUGAUAUUUUAUUUUAUUACAAAGAACCCAUUAUUAAGGUAACUGAGCUUGAAUUAAAAAUAGUGACAUUAGUUGAUCUUUCUUUUUAUUACGCAGCUUACGCGGUAAUGUAGGUGAUUUGUGCAUAAAUGAAAUGGGCUCGUGAUUGUUUGAUGGGAAAAGUGUAUAGUACAUCAUAAGUUUAGUAAAAUAAAUAACUAGAGUUCUGGU